UGCGUGCUGCGGAUCUGCAGGUGGAUAGUUUCGCUAAAUUUUUUGACACAGUUGCUUUCGCUAUUGACCAGAGUAAGCUUGAGUUGUUUGGGGUAGUCUGCUGGUCUCUGUGGAACAAUCGCAAUGAUAUAUUAUGGGAGAGUAAGAGGCAACAACCACAAAAAGUUUGCGAGAUGGCAGUUCGAUUUUUGCAGGAGUACGCUGAAGCCAUAAAACACAAAUGUGGGACGCAAGGAGGACCAAGGAGAGGGGAGAUAAAGUGGGAACCACCAGAUGAAUCACAUUUUAAGGUGAAUGUGGAUGGGGCUGUGUUCCAGCACUCCAAGGAAUUUGGUGUUGGAGCGGUGGUGCGUGAUUGUAAUGGGGAGGUAAUUGCAGCUAUGUCAUGCCGACGACAAGGGACUCUCCGAGUCGAGGCAGUGGAGGCCUAUGGCCUGCGUGGAGCGUUUCAGUGGGCAUACGAAUUGGGAUUAAGGAAGAUUAUUGUUGAGUGUGAUUGUGCGGAUGUCGUACAGUGGCUCGGGUCUCAACAUGCAGUGUUGUUAUCAGAGUUAGGGGGAGUGUUGGAGGACUGUAAAGGCUUGAUGGAUAGAUUUAACAAAUGCCGAGUGCAACAUGUUCGAAGGGCAGGGAAUCAAGUGGCUCAUGAAUUGGCACACAGAGCUGAAUAUAUUGCAGAAGACGAGUUUUGGGUUGAAGAGGUUCCUGAUCCAAUCAAAGCUUUUGUACUAAAUGACAUGGCUUAGUCUGUAUUGAUUACACCUUCCUCAUUUUUGAGACAUGAAAUAAUACUCAGUAGUAUUG